UAGCAAGAGCCUCUUUUUCUAUUUGUGAAUAGUUUCGCUCAGCUGUUGAGAGUGUGCGUGACUGAUACGCUAUCGGUUUCUCUACGCCAUCUGGUGAGACAAUACUUAACACGGCGCCUAGGCCUACUGAGCUAGCGUCUACGGCUAAUUUUAAAGAUGUGUUGAUGCCUUAAUCUAUCCAUAACCCCCUUUUGUCAUUGACUAUAAGAACACAAUCAUGGUGAAAAUAAAUCCAUAUUUACUCCCUGUGAAGGCGCAUUAUUUUUUCUUCAUGGCAGGAAUGGGACCUAUACUUCCCUUCUUGCCUGUGAUGGGUAAACAACUUGGCGUGUCCGAAGUUGCAAUGGGUUUACUAAUGUCUGUCAUACCAAUAUUUUUCUUGAUUGCCAAACCAGUAUUUGGAUUUAUUGUUGACUACUUUCAAAACCAGAGGAAAACUGUAUUUUUAGCUUUAGUAAUUUCAACCACAGUGCAAUUCUCACUAAUCAAGUUUGUUCCUCAUUACAAAGACGUUCAUGUUCAAACACCAUGUGGAUCAAUAGCAGCAUGUCAUAAUAAUAGUGAUGUGGGAAACAGCUUCUGCAAGUUGAGUUACGACAAUGGAAGUUUUCCAACUAAACACAUUGAGUUGGCCAACCAAACAUUCUGUUCCAUGGAUAGUUUGACCUGUCCUGACCCACAAAUGAAUGUCACUUUGAGCUGCAGCCAAAGUUCAACAGAGUUCUACCAGAGCUACCCGUUUUGGCUCUUUGUGAUAUUGUUAUCUGCAGGAAGCGUUGGUUACAACGUUGCCAAUAGUGUUAGCGAUGCCAUUUGUUUUGAUCUAUUAGGUGGAGGUAAUGAGAAAAAGUACGGCCAGCAGAGAGUCUGGGGCACAGUGGGGUUCGGACUGAGCGCCCUGCUAGGAGGUUACUGCAUAGACUGGUGGUCUGGCCCUGGUGACUUCAAGGACUACUCCCCUGCCUUCCUCCUGGCCAUUACAUUCACAUCAGUUGAUGUACUGUGUUGCUCCAAACUGCAGUUGCCUGAACUUCCAGUGGCUGCAAACAUCAUCAAAGAUGUUAUAACAUUGGUGAAAGAUCUCUCCAUCGCCACCUUUUUAGUAUUUGCUGCAUUUCUUGGUAUCUGUGAAAGCUUCAUAAUAUUUUUCCUAUUUUGGUAUUUAGAGGAUCUGGCAUUGGCUCAAGGAAUGAUGGAGCAUAUCAAACUACUCCAGGGAUUAACAGUGGCAGCGGAAACUCUCAUUGGAGAGAUAAUUUUCUUUCCUUUAUCAGGUAAUAUAUUAGCUGCAGUAGGCUACAAACAUUGCAUGUCCUUGUGUUUCCUGUUCUACAUGCUGAGACUUGGACUUCUGUCGCUGAUAUCCAACCCUUGGUGGGUGCUGGGUGUGGAGCUACUACAAGGACCAAGCUACGCUCUUGGAUACACAACAGUAGUAGCCUAUGCAAGCAACAUCAGUCCCCCAGGCGCCUCUGCUACUAUGCAGGGCAUUGCUGCUGGCAUGGACGAUGGCUUUGGCUACUCUGUAGGCAGCCUGAUGGGGGGAAUCCUGUACAGGUCUCUAGGAGGAAGUUCAGCUUUCAGAGUGUUCAGUGUCUUUGCCUUAGUAUGCAGCAUUUCACACUGGCUUCUUAAUGUCAUUUUCUUCAAGGAAACUAACGUAAAGUCUGUUAGUGAACAAAAACUUGAAAAGCGCUGUAUAUACAACCCUCCCAAGGAAGCUGCAGAACUUGUAGCUAUGGCGUCCUGACAUCAGCAAACCAGAGAAGAACAUAUUUUAAGAAGUAUUCUAUUAAAGAUAACAUGUAUUUCAUACUGUUUACAGGGAUUAUUUAGGUGACAAUCAAGUUUUUAUGAAGUCAUUUUGUAAACAAUCGUACUUUUUAAGUACAGUAUUAUAACUUACUUUAGACAUAUUGGGGUUUGAGAAUGGCUGAAAAAUUUUUCUGAGAAUUCCUGGAAUAGUUGGUCAGAUUAGUCAAAACUUUGUUAUCACCGAAGCCCAUAAAAUGACAAGACUUAUGUUUAGAGUGGCUAACUGUUACAUGCCUUUGAAACCUUUUGGACGAUCCUUUAUUAAAAGUUCCUUGGGCAAAUCAGAGGUUAGUGAAAGAUAAAGAUUGAAAAAAAGAGAAAAGAUAGAGGAUUGAGAGAUGUUAGAAAUCCCACAAGCUCUAAGGCUACCUACCUAUUUUAAUGGUCUCAAUAUUCAUAUCUUACUGAUUGUAGCUUUAGGUGUAGAUUAACUUAUUAGUUGAAGUUGAAUCAUAUUGUCUUUAGGAUACUGAAGUUCCUAUACAUAGUUAAAGGUUGAAGACAUGGUUUUGUGUUGAAACUUUCAAAGGAACAUCUUUAUUCACUUCAUAAAUACUUAACGUAGACAUUCCAAAGUGCUAUGGCCUAUUUCUGGAAACUAUCAAUACUAUUGUAUAUUUAAAUAAGAUUCAAUUCAAAAUACACAUUAGGUUUCUGAAUCCUUUCUAAUUUACAAAAAAUGAUAAACAUCUAUACUAUUAUAUAAAAAUCUAGUGGUGUCUGUCUGUAUGUUUGUUACUAGGCACAUAAACUACUGAACUGACUGGGCUUAAAUUUUACAAAAAUAUAGCUACCAUACCAAGGACCUUUAUAGGACUAUUCACACUUCGAUACUGAUCAUGGGCUUUGCCCCUUUGGCUUUAAAAGAUCUGAGGUGAGGAUUUUAAAAGUAAAUAUUGAUUGGUCUCCAUGGCUGCCAUGAGAACACAUACAAUGUUUGCAAUUUGCUAUGCCACCCAAAUGUAAACAAGCUGAACUGUCAAACCACAUUAAUUCACAAUUCAACAGCUGGUUUAUAAAUCUAUACUAUUAUAUAAAUACCCCCGCCACAGCAAACCUGCCGACUAAGCGAAUUUCCAUUUGUCUGAAUUGAUUUUUAAUUAAAUCUAUUUAAAUAAUAUUAGGUUUAACGAGUACCUAGGUUUGCUGCUACAAGGAAACUACUGUGGGGUUUUUUUAGUACAAAAUGGUAAUUAUAUCGACCUCCAGACCUCACGCGAAUUUUUGUUCAAAAUGGUCGAAAUUU